ACAGCGCGUGAGGAUGAUGCCAACCAGGGAAACAGAGAGAGGGGGAAAACACAACUAGAGUGAAGAGGAGGCGGGCUGCGGAGAGCGACUGAUACACGGAGUGGCGGAGAGGGAGAACAGAGCGGAACGGAACGGAGGAAAGAGAGGGACAAGAAGGGAGACACACAGAGGGGAAAGCAGGAGCCCGCCGCCGGCUGGUCCUCCUCUGUCCGCACCGAUGUCCGAGGCCCGUCCGGUGCCAGCUGAAAGCAGACGACCGAGGCGGAGCGGACACAAACGGACACUGGAGCCCAGAGCCUCGGUGAAAGGACAUCGCCGGAGCUCCUCUCUGUGAUUAAUGAUGGAUUCCCCCACAGAUCUUUUCGAUGACGCGGCCUCCCAGCUACAUGCAUUCACUCCCUCUCUCUGCACCUCUGAACUCCCUGGAGUUCCUCCCCAGUCCAAUGGAGGCCGCCCCCCUGCCACCUUCAGGCCCCCUGGGUACCCCCUCAUCCACCACCUCCUCCAGCCAGGAGGAGCCCCCAGGAGGAUCGGAGGCCAGCUGAACGCACACAAUACAAACCUGGGCGCACAAAGACAUUUGGAAAGCAGAAUCAUGGAGGAGGUGGAAGAGAGGGAUGGACAAGUGGACCAGGGGAUGGAGGGAGGAGAGGAAGGCGUGAUGGAAGGCGAGGAGGGGCUGCUGGGGGUUAAGAAGAGACACAGCAAUGUUGCGCUCAUGGCAGAGUGGAGUCGCGACGUCCUGAGAGUAAAGAGGAUGAAACUGGAGAGUAUGGUUGUACGGAGGGACGUAGAGACAGCGGAGGGAGACAGGAGGAGGGAGAGAGGGAGGGAGGGGAGGAGGAGAGAGAGGGAGGAGCUCAAGGAGCAGCUUGAGGAGGCGAGGGAGAGACUGCAAGCCCUACAGGAGAAAGUGUGGAGGGCUUUUGGGGAAAAGCACAUGACAGAGGAGGAGAAGAAAAGGAGGGGGAGAAAUGAAAACAGGAGAGCAGCAGACAGAGGAGUGGGAGACAUGGGGUUGAUGGAAGAGGAGGACGUCGUAGAGGGGAUAUUUGAUGAAGAGGAGCUCGACGGUGGAGAGAUGGAGAAGGAGUCUCUCUCACUGCUUCCCAAUUCUCCUUUCAGCAAUUUCGGAAACCACAAGCGGAGAGAAGAAAGGCAGAAAGAACAAGAGGGGAGGCUGGAGAGAGGGAAAGGAGGAGGGCUGCACAUAGAGGGGCUGAUGGAAGGGGCCGGGGUGUGGAUGGGUUGUGGCGGGCUGGUGAGAGGAGAGUGGGAUGGGGGGAUGGAAGGAGGGGACGAGGAGGCGGAGGAGGGAGGGCAGAAGUUUGCCCAGGCACUGAAGCUGGAGCUGGGCAGCGCCGUGGCCCGAGUCAUUGACCGAGUCCUCCGCUUUUACACCGAAACGACGGACUUCACUCCCCCGUCUCCUCCCCCCUCCAUCUCCUUCCUCCCGUCCGACACAGGAAACGAUGGAGGGCGGGAAAGGGGUGUAUGGAUGGGGAUGCUAAUGGCAGAGAGAGAGGAGGAUAAAAAGACAAGAGAUAAGGACGAGCGGAUGGGAGGGCAGGACGGAGAGAGAGAGAACCAGCUGCAAAAGACGAGCAACGGGAGCAUGUUGCCUGCCGGCCAUCGCAGGGAGCACCCGGCCGACCUGGCAGCGGCGUUGGCUCUUCGAAGGUCACAUGACAAACGGAAGGCCAAUCCACUCCUCGGCCCGCCUCUCCCCGCUCACCUCCCGCACUCUCACCCCAACCUCCCGCUUCACCACCCUUCCCUAUCCCGUCCCCCUCCUCCUCACCCCUCCCUCCUGCCUCCUCCCUCACAGCCCAAAGACCCUGCCUCCUUCCACCCCUCUUCGUCCUCCUCCUCCUCCUCCUCCUUCCCUCCUCCUCCCCCUCCUCCACCACCGCCCCUCCCUCUCCCCCUCCUCCACUACUCCAUGCAGCAGCUCUUCUCUCGCUCGCUCCACCACCCCCAGCUCCCCCACCUGCCCCCGUCCCACAAGGACUACUUAAACGCCGACCCGUUCCUGGAGUUCCCGCCUCACCCGUCUUCUCACCCCUCCUUUCCCCCGCUCCCCCUGCUCGGCCACCUGGACCCCUCCCUCGCCCACCAUGCCCACAGUGACAGAGAGAGGGAGAGAGGGAUGAGGGGGGACAGCGGGAUUAGAGGCGGAGGAGGCGGCAUGGACGGAGACCUGUACCUUCCACCUGGGGGAAGCCAGGAGGGCUUGUCCCCUUGCCACCUGAAGAAAGCCAAGCUCAUGUUCUUCUACACUCGCUACCCCAGCUCCAACACACUCAAGACCUACUUCCCUGAUGUCAAGUUUAACCGCUGUGUGACCUCCCAGCUGAUUAAGUGGUUCAGCAACUUCAGAGAAUUCUUCUAUAUCCAAAUGGAGCGCUUUGCGCGUCAGGCUGUCCGCGAGGCUCUCACCCGGGAUGCUGCACCCCGUCUGGGGAGGGAUAACCAACUACGAAUGGGCCGGGACACAGAGCUCUACCGAAUACUGAACAUGCACUACAAUAAGAGUAAUGUUUACCAGGUCCCGGAAAGGUUCAUCGAGGUGGCCGAGGUGGCUCUGAGGGAGUUCUACUCUGCCAUUCAGACUGGGAGAGACAGCGACCCCUGUUGGAAAAAAGGGAUAUAUAAAAUCAUCUGUAAGCUGGACAGUCCUGUGCCUGAUGCCUUCAGACUGCCUGGUUGUCCUGUCGGCUGAUGUGGCCACAGUUUGUCCCCAUGCAAAACAUGAAAAUGCACAGUUGCAUGCACACACACCCGGUUACUGAGAGAACGUCAUUAUACAAACGCAUCCGCAAAUUGGACGGGUCUGUAUAGUUUCCGCCUGCUGGGCCCCCCUGUUGGGUGAGAAUUGGUAUGACAAAAGUCCCAGUGCAUGCACACACACACACACUCACACACACACACACACUGAAUAAUACAUUCAACACACCACACAGGUUUUCAUAAAGGCUUGCAUAGCAUUGGGAAAAGCAGUCACAUUUUCUCAACCUCUGAAAAAAAGAAUACAAGCCGAUACCAGGUUUGGUUAAACUCUGACACCAUGUGCAGGAGAAAAAACACUCAUGCACAGACAGGAAUGAACACACACACACACACACACACACACACACACACACACACACAUGGUCAAUGGCAGAUUAUGCUACAAUAUACUCAGUGCUCUGAUAAGGGCCUUGUGACAGCACUUAUCGAAGAACGUGACCAGACCAUGGAAUUAAAAUGGACAGAAUAGGAAUUCCCCCUCAAAAAAAAUUCCCCACCAGUUGUUUGACUAAUCAAGUGUAAUCGCAGAAGUUUUGAUAACACUGUCAUGAAAAUAAGCACUGCUGCAGUGGCAGAACCUGAAUGGAUAGAUAAGCCGUUAAAACAUUCAGCAUUCUUUUAAAAACGCCUGGCACUCUUUUUAAAAAUCUUGUCAUGGAAAUAUGCACAGGUGCAGUGACAUAUGCAGUGUGAGAUAUAAAACUUUUGUGUGUUACCAUGGGAAAGCUAUUAUUUCAGUUGCUAUUUGUCAUGAAAACAUCCUCUUCACAUUCCCUGGCAUUUGACUUGAAUGCACCCAUUUAGAUAAACAUGACACAUCGCAGGAUGCCCCUUUCUAUGCAUUCUGAUUCUAUGGACCCGGCGUUGAAUGUGCUGCUAGGAGCUGUUUACCAGGCAUGCGGCGGGCAUCGCACAGCACAUAAUUCAAAUAGCUUCAGGCAUGCUGGAAUCCAGGGCCUGCAUAUCAAGCUUCUCAAAUUAGGUUUAGGAUCUCUGGCCUCAUUUCGCCGAUCAUCUGUUGCUAGCAGAGAGGAAAAUCACCAGAGAGCCACAUUCCCACCUCUUGAGGACUGAAAACUGGGUUCUCAGGCUUUUGUGUU